AUGAUCUAAUAAAUAAUAGAAUAUAGCGUGUGAACUUCUGUUCUCUCACACUCACACAGUGUCUCUCAACAUAACUUUCCAAGAAAACGAUAAAAGAAAAAAGGAAAGAAAAAAAAAACCACCAUCAAAUCAAAUCAAUUGAAUAACAUCUCUUCUACGCGUAAUUCUUUUAUCCUCUUCCCAAAACCCUAGCUUUCUCUCUCCGCGUCCUGCACCUCUCCACUAUUCGAUUCACUGCUCACCAAUUCCAUCUCAAUCCGCCCCAGCUAUGUCCGGCGAAGACAAGCCAGAUCCCGACUUCGCCGCCGCCUCCACUUGGGAGCUCCGCCAUGACACCGCCGCUGCCGACAAUUCCUUCUACUACGCCACUGACGACUACAAAGAGAGCACCAUACUCAGCGAGUUCGGCUGGAAUAUCCCGCCGGAUUCCACUGGAGCGUCCAAUCGCCACUGCGAUUUCGCCGAUUUUCCCCCGAUCGAGCCGGAUUCGGCACCGAGCCGCGCCGUGCCGGAUGCGAUCGGCAGCCGCAUCGAGCCUAUAGUGGAGGCCUCGCCUUCGAAUCCGUCGGUAUCUUCGAGCUCGUCGGACGAUCCGCCGGAGAAAUCCUCCGUCGCGGCCGCCAAUCCGCCGGCGGACACAGCGGGCAAGCCGAAAAAGAAGGGACAAAAGCGAAUUCGGCAGCCACGAUUCGCCUUUGUCACUAAAAGUGAAGUUGAUCAUCUUGAAGAUGGUUAUAGAUGGCGAAAGUAUGGUCAAAAAGCAGUGAAAAACAGCCCAUUUCCAAGGAGCUAUUAUCGAUGUACAAACAGUAAGUGCAUGGUAAAAAAGAGAAUAGAACGGUCAUUCGAGGAUCCCUCGGUUGUAAUAACAACUUAUGAAGGGCAACAUAGUCAUUACUCAGUUGGAUACCCUAGAGGUGGUAUGGUAACUCAGGAACCAGCAUUUCCCAAUUACUUAACACCUUCUUCUAACAGUCCACACUUGCCAUACCAUCCUAGGCUUCCUCAUCCGCCUCUUCAGCCUGCUGCCGGCAGUAGUGGCAGAGGAGAACCCCGUGCACCACCACCGCCAGGGGAAGGACUCCUUGGGGACAUCGUGCCGCCUAGAAUGCGAAAUAAUGGAUCAUGAUAUUCAGUUGGUAUUAUUGUUAUGAUUUGUCAUUACAGAGUUUUGUAUCCUUGGUUAUUUUUGUAGGGACUCUAAUCUAAUGUGCUCCAUAAUCUAAUAUUGCUAAGCAUAUAUGGGUUUAGGGUAUUCUAUGUAGAUAUUGUCUAGUAAGAGAUGAUUGUUGGACUGAAUAAGGUCCUUGUAGAUUUAAUUUUGGUAUACAAGUUCACAUCAUUCUGAUAUUAAACUUAUAAACACAUCUUGUUAGACGUUUCACAUUGCCAACUGCCAAGUUUCCAGUCACUGUAAAAUGUGUGCCUGCUAAUUUCCAAACUCGUUGUUUGAUAAUGCUAAAACACAUUUGCUUAUAUAUUACUAA